AUGGCAGUUGAGAAUUGGCGGUGUCAAGCUCUUCCUAGAGAAGGUUCCGACCAUUCUACUCUUUUGGGUUUUCCUUUUUCUGUUUCGAGAACUAAAAGAGCUCCUUUUGGCAUUCAAAAAAUGUGGUUUUUACACACUGAUUUUCUUCGUAUGGUGAGUGACAGUUGGAAUAUGCCAGUGCAUGGUUCUCUUGAUUUCAUAUUUACUUAUAAGCUCAAGAGGCUAAAGGGGGUGAUCAAGGAAUGGAAUCUUGCGGUUUUUGCUAAUAUUCAUUCUAGGUUGAAGCAAGACCAACUGAGGCUUAGUGAGACUCGGCUUCAACAUAAUACUAUGCCUAAUCAAAAGGCAAGGAAACAGUGGCUUGUGGAGGGUUCAAGCAACACUACUUUCUUCCAUAAUAGUAUUCGCAUUCGUCGGAGUUCUAAUACUAUUUCAGAAUUAACAGAUAGUGAUGGCCAUACUAUUUCAGACUAUGAUCAGUUGCGUGACCAUGUGUUACAGUUAUAUGAAGAAAAAUUUAAUGGAAAUGAGUCUAAUUUGGAUGCUAGUUUAUUUUAUUAUGAGCAUGUUGGUAUCUCAGAGGAAGAAAGUCUUGCUAUGGACAAAAUUCCUACUCCUGACGAAAUUAAACAAGCAAUUCCAAAUGGGGUGAAUUCAAGUCUUAUCAUCGUGCUUCCAAAGGUAAGAGGUGCAAAUACUCUUCGUAAUUUUCGACCUAUUGGUCUUAGUAAAUUUUUCUUUAAAAUUUUUACUAAGAUCCUUGCUACUAAACUUGGUAGUGUUUUGGAUAAGCUUGUUUCUGAGGAGCAGGUAGCCUUUAUGAAGGGUCGGAAUAUCCAUGAAAACAUCAGUUUGGCUUCUGAAAUGGUUAAUGAACUCCACAUCAAACGCAAGGAUGGCAACAUUGGUCUUAAUAUUGAUAUUUCCCAGGCAUUUGACAUGAGCCUCAACAAUCUGGUGGAUUUGUUGGGUAAGUAUCAAAGAGAUUCUGGUCAAACUGUUUGUAGACAGAAGAUCAAGAUCUAUCAUGGGGGUUGUUCUUUAACUAGAAUGAAUUAUCUUGCGAAUCAUUUGGGUAUGACUGUAGCCACUUUUACUGAUCGUUAUUUGGGAGUUAAAAUUAUGUCGUGUACUGUUCGAUAUCAUCACAUUUCAGGUGUAGUAGAGAAGAUCAAAUCACAACUUGCUAGUUGGAAAGGUUUUUUGUUAUCCUUCCAUGAUCAUUUGGUGCUUGUCACGUCUGUUAUUGCUAAUUACUCUAUUCACAAUAUGGAUAUAUAUAAAUGGCCACGUAAAUUCAUUUUACAGUGUGAAAGAGCAAUUAGGAAUUUUAUUUGGCCGGGAGAUUCUAAUGUUAGCCAUGUUGUGGUUGUUGCUUAUGAUAAAGUCUGUUUCCCUUUUGAGGAGGGGGGUUUGGGAUUAACUCGUAUGGCUACAAUGAAUGAUGCCAUGCUUAUGAAACUUUGGUGGAAAAUUCGUUCUUCGAAGAAAAAAUGGGCAGGUUUUCUUCGUGCUAAAUUCUUUGGCAGAAAUGGGUAUAUCAAGGUAAAUGGUUUGAAGUCUUCUAUUCUUCAGGAUAUUAGAAGAGUUUACAAGUUGGUGGAAUAUAACACUAAAGUUUUGCUGGGUGAUGGUAUAAAUACUUCUCUUUAUUAUGAUGCUUGGUUUUCAAAUAAUAGUAUCGCUGCAAUCCUUAAUGGCUAUACACUGGAUAGAAAUGUGUUGGUUAGUACUAUUUUGGUUGAUGGGCCGUGGAAUAUCCCCGUGGAAAAUUUGGACCAUAUGGCAGCUGCAGGUCUAGACAUUAACCUUUUGCCUACUCCCACGGUUGGUAAAGAUGUACGCAUCUGGAUGCCAGACUACAAAGUUGCUUUCACUGUUAGUUCUGCGAAAGAAUUAAUCCGUCAGAAAUAUCCCAAAUUCGAUGGCGCUUCUAUUUUAUGGAGGAAGGAAGUUCACCCUACUUUGGCUGCCUAA